AUGGCGCAGCAAGUGUGCGGCACAGUCAUGAAUCGGACUUGGACGUCCUUCCGUCGCCUGUCCCAGAUCUCGCUUUCCAUCUGCAAGAUGUUGCAAGUCUCACAAAUAUCGUCACCACCACCAACACGCAUACCCUACCCAAACCCGCGCGUACCACCGCCCCCGGUCCCGACCCCUCUAAUAUUAGAUGCGUACAUUACCGAUAAAAGAGUAGAUGACGAAGGGUUAUUGGACCGGUAUUUGGAGUUGGCUGAUCCGAUCGUUGAUGAGCGUGUUGUCGGGUGGCUAAAUACAAAAGGUACGCUAGAGCGUCUUGUGCGGAGGAGCAUGACGGAUAAACGGGCUGUGGAUGUGCUUUGUAAGGUUGAUGUAAAUGUUUUGAGUGGGUGGUUGGUGGUGCGAAUAUUACGAGUCAUGUGGGCUGAAUUUGAAGGGGAUGAGGAAUUCAUGUAUUUCAGGAAGCUCUUUUUGUACCUUUUGCGGCACGAUCGGACUGUUGGGGAUUGGACUUUGCAUGGUACGCCCAGCCCAAUGUCCAUCCUGGUCCGCCAUGCACACGAUGCAAACAUUGCAGACUGCUUUCUCUCUAUUGUAUUUGAAACGGAUGCAAACCGACUACAAGCGUGCCGGACCUAUAUAACUCAAUUGAGUGAAAUGUUUGACACCGAUGACCAGACAUUGGAUGGAAUUGCGGAUCUACUGCUGAGAGUCGUUGAUGAGGCUGCUGGAAAUCCAUUUGGCUAUAUGCUUUUCACGGGGUUUAACGCCCGGUUUUUGUUGGAACGGGUGAUGGAACGGCGGCCAGAGUGUGUGAGGGUUUUGUGUGGAUUGGUCAUGAAUAGUGUGAAGAGGGAAGGGUGUCCACCACUGUGUCCCGAUAUCUUGCCAAUAGUUUUGCAACAUGUCGGGGAAUUGGGUCGUGUUGUGGAUGAGAUUAUCCGUUCAGGCCGAAAGGAAACGACCACCGUAUUAUAUAUUCUGGAUAUCCUCGGGACUCUCGUCCGCUGGGCGGCUGUAGAUGAUUUGCAGGAACUACAAAGCGUUCCGUGGUGUUUGCUCGUGGAGGCAGUGUUUGGGCGGUACAGGGAAUGUGAUUUGUACUUUGGACGGGUUGUACGUUUGUUGGAGGGGAUUGUUGCGCGGGAGUGUGAAGAAUGGGUUGAGGAUGUGAUAAGGAUGUUGGACAAAGGAAACGAUGGACAACGGAAGAUUCUGCAACAAAUUCUUAAAGUCUAA